ACACUGUCUUUGGCAGGAGAAAAACCAAACUCGGGGGAACAAGAGACAUCCAAACCAGCAAGACGACACCUCUGCUCCCAGAUUGGAAAGAGUUUUACCAAGUUAGGAAGCCUGAAAGCUCAUGAGCGAAUACACUCAGGGGAGAAGCCUUACCACUGCUACCAUUGUGGAACUAGGUUUACCAAGUUAGGAAGCCUGAAAAGACAUGAGAGGAUACACACCGAAGCGAAGCCUUUCCAUUGCACCCUGUGUGGAACGAGUUUUAACCUUUUAGGAAAUCUGAAAAGACACGAGAGAAUACAUACAGGGGAGAAGCCUUUCCAUUGCGCCCAGUGUGGAAAGCGUUUUAGCUUGUUAGGGAACCUGCAAUCUCAUGAGCGAAUACACACAGGGGAGAAGCCAUACCAUUGCGCCCAGUGUGGAAAUAGUUUUAGCGAAUUAGGACACCUGAAAGUGCAUGAGCGAAUCCACACAGGUGAGAAGCCUUACAAAUGCUCCCAGUGUGUAAAGAGAUUUAGCCACUUAGGAAACCUGAAUGAACACAUGAGACUGCACACAGGAGAGAAGCCUUACCACUGCAUCCAGUGUGGAAAGGGAUUUAGCCACUUAGGAAGCCUGAAAGCUCAUGAGCGAAUACACACAGGGGAGAAGCCUUUCCAUUGCACCCAUUGUGGAAAGAGUUUUAGCCAGUUAGUUAACAUGAAAAGACAUCAGCGGAUACACACGGGAGCAAAGCCUCACCAUUGCUCCCAGUGUGGAAAGAGGUUUAGCCAGCCAGGAAAGCUGAAAGCUCAUGAGCGAAUACACACAGGGGAGAAGCCUUUCCAUUGCUCCCAGUGUGGAAAGAGUUUUAUGCGGUUAGACACCCUCAAAACUCAUGAGCGAAUACACACGGGGGAGAAGCCAUACCAUUGUGCCCAGUGUGGUGAGAGUUUUAGCCAGUCAGGAAUCCUGAAAGCUCAUGAGCGAACACACACAGGUGAGAAGCCUUUCCAUUGCUCCCAGUGUGGAAAGAGUUUUAGCCACUUAAGAAAUCUGAAAGCUCAUGAGCGAACACAUACAGGGGAGAAGCCUUUCAAUUGCUCCCAGUGUGCAAAGCGUUUUACCCAUUUAGGAAAUCUGAAAGAACAUGUGAGACUGCACACAGGGGAGAAAUCUUACAAGUGCUCAGACUGUGGGAAAACAUAUUGCUCAUCACAGUCACUUAAACGUCAUGUGAGAAUCCACACAGGAGAAAAUAAUUACUUAUCCUAGUGUGUAAAUUGAUAUUUCACAUCACAUUGACUUAAAAUUCAUCAGAGAACAUACACAGUGCUCCCAUUGUCUUAUAUUGUUGACUGAGAAUGGGUUUACUUGUUUAUACCAUAUGAAAUUAAAUUAAUAAUUGUACCAAGUAUACUCAAACAUAUAUUUGUAUGUUUUUAUUAGAAAACAUUAAUUGAAUAUGGAGUUGUCAGUUUCAAUGUAGGAUAGAUCAGGUUCCAUGUGUUUAAAUUGUCAUUUUUUAAACUUUGUGUGUGUUUAUCUGGGUGUGUCAUUCCUCCAGCACUACAGAUAAUCAAGUGAUAUUUGGAUGUGAUGCAUUAGUUCCAUUGUUGACAUUUGCAUUGUUGGCCCACUGAUGAUUUAAUGACAUGAAAAUGUUCAGACUCUGUAAUGGAAAAUGUUAAUUGUUUGUGUGUCCACAUAACUGAGUAUGUGACUAACCUUGUGAAACUGUCCUAUUAUAAUCUCCUGUUCUUGGGAGUAUCAUUCUGUGUUGCAAACCAAUUUGCACCUGUGUCCUUGUAUGAACAAAGUCCCGCCCAGGAACAGGAAACUAUAAAGAUAUGUGCUCAUCACCCAAUGCUUCAGGAAUUCAGACUGUCUACACUGACACUGUUAUUCUCUCUGAGCUCAGAAAUAAAGAAUAUUGGUUUGA